AUGCCACAAAUUAGUCCGAACGCACCGCUCGAGGGAAACGUUUCGCCGCCACCGACGCAGCCCCAUUUGGAUGAUAAUCUGCAGCUCAACGGCCACGGCAACAAGCACGGCAGCAACAUCAACGGUAACGGGAACGGAAACGGACACGGACACGAUAGCAACCGCAGCAGUCCGGCCAAGAGUCCCUCCAAGCGCCCUGUGUCCUCCAGCUUUCGGAUUCAGAAUGCCCAUGAUGACGAGGAGGAGGACUUAGCAGGCGGCGAGCAGGUGGUAGGAUUGCCCGAUCGCCAGGUGCCAGACUACUGGCAGCAGCGGAACGGUGGUGCAACCAGUGGCCGCCAGAGCCGUGCCAUCAGUCCCGGCUAUCCGGACAACAUGAGCGAGACCUCGGAGCAGCCGCCGGUGGUGCCGCUGGUGCGUUCCAAGUCCCGGCCAGAGAUCUCCAGUGCAGCGGCCGCGCGUUACAACAAUCUCUCGUACUGGAAGGCACGCCGCGUGGUGUUCUACCGCAAUGGGGAUCCCUUCUUUCCCGGCGUCGAGCUGCGCUAUCGUCCGGGCCGGGAUGUGACCUCGCUGGACAACCUGCUGGACAAGAUCUCGCCCAAGAUGGACCUGCCGCGGGGUGCACGCUAUGUCUUCUCCAUGGACGGGGACCGCAAGUACCAUCUGGAUGAGCUGGAGGACGGGGCCUUCUAUGUGGUCUCCUCGUUCAAGGCCUUCAAGCCUGCCAGUUACGGCAAGAAGAACGGGAUGUGGUAUGCAUCGCCUGGAAAUCAGGGAUGGGGCUCCAAGCCCGCCAGUCGGAAGCCCUCAAUAAUGGAAGCGGAUUUGGGCACAUUAUCGACCACAUCAGGCUCGAUAAAGCGCAGCGCCGGCCGUGUGAUACGCAUCAUCAAUAAUUUGGAUCAUUCGGUGCAGUGUCGCGUUUUGCUAAACCUACGCACCUCGCAGCCAUUCGAGGAAGUGCUCGAGGAUUUGGGUCAAGUGCUGAAAAUUAACGGAGCAAAGAAAAUGUACACAGGCACUGGCCAGGAGGUCCGCAGUUUCUCUCAACUGCGUAACGAGUUCGCCGAUGUGGACACCUUCUAUCUGGCCACAGGCACAGCCUUAAUAGCCGGCUCACCCAUUCGACGCUCUCGCUCCCGCCCCUCGGUGGUGGCCGCUGCACCUAUACUGCCCACGGAUGAGCUGCCCAAGGUGCCGCUGCGUGGUGCCAGGCCGAGGAGCAAGAGCCGACCCAGGAUCUUGUAUGCGCCGGAAAGCGAGAUCCUGCGGCCGAAUGGGGAGUACACCAUGCUGGAUAUUAUGAAGGAGGAGCCCACCAAGGUAACCAUAAGGGGACUAAGGCGUACCUUCUAUCCGCCCGUACACCAUGCACCGGCGGACAAUUCCCCGCCGGAUAAAAAGCUGCAGCUACAAUGGGUCCAUGGCUAUCGCGGCAUAGAUGCGCGACGCAAUCUGUGGGUGCUGCCCUCUGGGGAACUGCUUUACUAUGUGGCCGCUGUGGCCGUGCUCUUUGAUCGGGAUGAAGAGGCCCAGAGACACUACACGGGACACACCGAGGACAUUAUGUGCAUGGAUGUACAUCCCUCUCGAGAGCUGGUGGCCUCUGGUCAGAAGGCUGGCCGGGAUCGCAAGUCGCAGGCCCACGUUCGCAUCUGGAGCACCGAGUCCCUGCAGACGCUAUAUGUCUUUGGAAUGGGAGAGCUGGACAGCGGGGUGACCGCCGUGGCCUUCUCGCAACUAAACGGAGGCAGCUACAUACUGGCCGUGGACAGUGGGCGUGAGAGCAUUCUGUCCGUGUGGCAGUGGCAGUGGGGUCACCUGCUGGGCAAAGUGGCCACCCUGCAGGAGGGCCUUUCGGGGGCGGCAUUCCAUCCGCUGGACGACAACCUCAUUAUUACCCACGGACGGGGGCACUUGGCCUUCUGGCAUCGGCGCAAGGAUGGGUUCUUCGAACGCACGGACAUCGUGAAGCAGCCAUCGCGUUCUCAUGUCACCAGCGUGCAGUUCGAACCGGAUGGAGAUGUGAUCACGGCGGACUCGGAUGGCUUCAUUACCAUUUACUCGGUAGACUCGGACGGGGCCUACUUUGUACGCACAGAGUUUGAGGCGCACAACAAGGGCAUCGGAUGCCUGAUCAUGCUGGGCGAGGGCACACUACUCUCUGGUGGUGAAAAGGAUCGCAAGAUUGCCGCCUGGGAUUCCCUGCAAAACUACAAGAAGAUUGCCGAUACCAAGCUCCCUGAGGCCGCCGGCGGCGUUCGCACCAUCUACCCCCAGCGUCCGGGCCGAAAUGAUGGCAACAUCUAUGUGGGCACAACGCGUAACAAUAUCCUGGAGGGCUCACUGCAGCGCCGCUUCACCCAGGUGGUCUUUGGCCAUGGGCGGCAGCUGUGGGGCCUGGCCGCCCAUCCGGAUGACGAACUGUACGCCACCGCUGGCCAUGACAAGCAUGUGGCCCUGUGGCGGAAGAACAAGCUCAUCUGGACCAUCCAGACGGGCUACGAGUGCGUGGCCCUGGCCUUCCAUCCCUUCGGCACUCUGGCCGCGGGCAGCACCGAGGGUCACCUGCUGGUCAUCAACUGCGAGAACGGAGCCGUGAUGCUGACGCUCCGGGUCUGUGGCUCGCCACUCAACUGUGUGGCCUACAACCAGGUUGGCGACAUGAUCGCCAUGGGCUCGCAGAAUGGCAGCAUUUACUUGUUCCGCGUCUCGCGCGAUGGCUUCUCCUACAAGAAGGUGAACAAGAUUAGGGGCUCCCAGCCGCUGACCCACCUGGACUGGAGCAUGGAUGGCAACUUUGUGCAGACGGUGACGGUGGACUUUGAUUUGCUCUUUUGGGACGCCAAGUCACUGUCCCCAGAGCGAAGUCCCAUUGCCAUGAAGGAUGUGAAGUGGCUGACCAACAACUGCACUGUGGGCUUCCUGGUGGCAGGACAAUGGAGUAACCGCUACUAUAGCAGCGCCAAUACCAUCGUGGCCACCUGCAGCCGCUCGGCAGCUCACGAUAUGCUGGCCUCCGGCGAUGCCGAAGGAUAUCUCCGAUUGUUUAGAUACCCCGCCAUAUCCCCGCGGGCCGAGUUCCACGAAAUGAAGGUCUACUCCGGCAUGCUGGCCUGCGUCCGCUUUUUAUGCGGCGACCACACGCUCAUCACCGUGGGCGGCACAGACGCGUCCCUGAUGGUGUGGGACAUCGUCGAGGAAUAG